AUGCGUUGCUCUGUGUCUGUGGCUCUUUGGAGCACUCUGCUGUGCCUGAGCCCUUUGGCCGGUGCUCUGAAUAUUUUGAUUUUGAACUCGUCUCCAUACGGAUCGCCUAUCUCGACUGCUUUCCACCAGUUCCUUGAAACUAAUCACCGGGUCAUUUCUGUUUCUCCUUUGCACUUGAUGGACUCUUCCGACAACGAGAUUGAAGUGGACUCGACUCCAAUUUCUGAAGAGGAUCUCAAGGACUCUCUGGAUGAACAAGAAUUUGAUUUGCGCAGUCUGCUCGCGUUGAACGUGGGCGACAGUUUCUAUGGCUCUCAAAAACAGGACAGAUGGUACGUCAAGUCGUCUGUUUUGGGUUCUGCUCUUUUCGCAUUCGAUCACUUGCUCCCUUCUCAUUAUACCGACCUCUCGUCGAUCGACUUCGUUGUUAUCGCUUCUUCCGGCGAGCAAAUUGACGGGUUGCACCGCCAAAUGACAAACAAUAAUUUUGGUCUCAUGAAGCUUGCUCAGAUGCGCAAUAUUCCUGUUCUCAACGUGAACAGCAAAGAAGAAACCGACAUGGUGGUGGCCGGUAGCAUCAAUGAAGACCUGGAUCUGUCCAACGAGCUACUUGUCGCUUAUCUGCAAAGAAUCGAUGAGUUUAUUCUGCAGCUCGUCAACACCUCCAAGUACAAUGAGCACAACUUCCACACCUCACGGUCUCUUGACAAGUCCGUGAAGUUCAAGCAAUACGCCGACAAGGAGCUGGCCAACCACAACCCAAGACUGUUGCCCAACGGUGUGGGUUUAAACAUCAACUUGCGCGCUGAGGCUUCCUGUUUGGAUACCAAUAAAGAGUUCAACUUCCUGCAGACACGGACUGUUGGAGGCUACAACAUGGUUCCUUCGUUGAACUACGACGCCGAGAAGGGAACCGUGAAAGUGGAUAUGCUCUACAGCAUCGACAAAGAACUGCCUCGUUCGAAAAACAAAUACCUUAGUGAAAUGAGCGUUGAUGAUGGCGAUUGCUUCAUUACUGUUACUCCGAUCAACUGGCUUGGUGGUGACUUUGAGCAAUUCGAGUUCCUAGAGACCCCAUUCCACCAACUUAAUGGUAACGAAGGUGACGAAAGACCAAAGCUUGUUCACCAGGCUGCUUAA